AUGAACGCGGCUGCCAUAGAAGUUAUCAACAAAUUGAAGAAAGAAGAUGAGAGCAACAACAAAUGCUUCGACUGUGGGGUGCCCAACCCGGACUGGGUGUCAGUUAACCAUGGAGUGUUUCUCUGCAUUAACUGUUCAGGCGUGCAUAGAAGUUUGGGAGUACACAUAAGUAUAGUGAGGAGCAUAAAAAUGGAUAUAUUCACAGAUGAGCAGUUAAAAUAUAUGGACAAAGGAGGCAAUAAAAAAUUUCAAACAUAUUUAGAAAAUUAUGGAAUUAACGAUUUUAUUCCGGAGAGAAAAUAUAGAACCAAGGCAGCUGAACAUUACAGAAAAAUUAUGAGAUCCAUUGUCCAUAACUCUGACCCUCCCUCUCCAUUAUCUUUGGAUGAAGGCAAGGACUUAAUUAAUUUUGGCCAAAAUGAAAAUAUGAAUGGGAACGAAAUUAACAAGAAUAGCAAAAAUAAUUUAUAUGCAGAUGAUCAGCAGAAUUUCAUACCCUCUCUGAACACGUCGGAAAUCUUGGAUAAUGUAUCAGCCACAUUUUCCAAUUUUAUUAACAAAGCGCAAACCAUGACAACGAAUACGAUAAAUAAUUUAAAUAAAAAUGACCUCAUCGAAAGUACCAAAGAUACACUAAUGAAUAGUAGUAGCUGGAUUACUGAGAAGACAAAAAAAAUUGCCGAAAAUGUCAGUGAUAAUCCUUGGUGGGAAAAGGGGCAGAGCAAAAUAAAAGACGUGACGCAAAAUGCAAGUGGCUGGAUUUCAAGCAUCUCCUCAACCGUGUCCCGAACCAACAGCAAUUUCUUUUUUCCGAACAAUGAGUUCGCCAGCAGUGCCAAUAGUGUUAGCAAUGCCAACGCCGACGGUGUUAGUAAACCCAGUGCUGGCUAG